CUCGACCGUCAUGGCGUCCCAGCCGAGUUCUUUGAAGAAGAAAGAGGAAAAGGGCAGGAACAUCCAGGUGGUGGUGAGAUGCAGACCAUUUAAUGUGGCAGAGCGGAAAGCUAAUGCCCACUCAGUAGUGGAAUGUGACCAUGCACGGAAAGAAGUCAGUGUACGGACUGCAGGGUUGACGGACAAGACCUCAAAGAAGACGUACACGUUUGAUAUGGUGUUUGGAGCAUCUACAAAACAAAUUGAUGUUUACCGAAGUGUUGUUUGUCCAAUUCUAGAUGAAGUUAUUAUGGGCUAUAAUUGCACCAUCUUUGCAUAUGGUCAGACUGGCACUGGAAAAACUUUUACAAUGGAAGGUGAAAGGUCACCUAAUGAAGUAUAUACCUGGGAGGAGGAUCCUCUGGCUGGUAUAAUUCCACGCACUCUUCAUCAAAUUUUUGAGAAACUUUCUGAUAAUGGCACUGAGUUUUCAGUUAAAGUGUCCCUGUUGGAAAUCUAUAAUGAGGAGCUUUUUGAUCUUCUUAGUCCAUCUUCUGAUGUUUCUGAAAGGCUGCAGAUGUUUGAUGAUCCCCGGAACAAGAGAGGAGUGAUAAUCAAAGGCUUAGAGGAAAUCACAGUACACAAUAAAGAUGAAGUCUACCAAAUCUUAGAGAAGGGAGCAGCAAAAAGGACAACUGCAGCAACCUUGAUGAAUGCUUACUCUAGUCGUUCACACUCAGUUUUNUCUGUUACGAUACACAUGAAAGAAACAACAAUUGAUGGAGAAGAGCUUGUUAAAAUUGGAAAGUUGAAUUUGGUUGAUCUCGCAGGAAGUGAAAAUAUUGGGCGUUCUGGAGCUGUUGACAAGAGGGCCCGGGAAGCUGGAAAUAUCAACCAAUCCCUCUUGACUCUGGGAAGAGUUAUUACUGCUCUUGUGGAAAGAACCCCUCACGUUCCUUAUCGAGAAUCUAAACUAACUAGAAUCCUGCAAGAUUCUCUUGGGGGACGUACAAGAACAUCUAUAAUUGCAACCAUUUCCCCUGCAUCUUUCAAUCUUGAGGAAACUCUGAGUACAUUGGAAUAUGCUCACAGAGCAAAGAACAUAAUGAAUAAGCCUGAAGUUAAUCAAAAACUCACCAAAAAAGCUCUUAUUAAGGAGUAUACAGAAGAGAUAGAGCGUUUGAAGCGAGAUCUUGCAGCAGCUCGUGAGAAAAAUGGAGUGUACAUCUCUGAAGAAAGUUUUAGAGCCAUGAAUGGAAAAGUAACUGUUCAGGAGGAACAAAUUGUUGAGUUGGUUGAAAAAAUCGCUGUUCUUGAGGAGGAGCUCAGUAAGGCUACAGAGUUAUUUAUGGAUAGUAAGAACGAACUUGACCAGUGUAAAUCUGACCUGCAAACCAAGACACAGGAACUUGAAACCACUCAGAAACAUUUGCAAGAAACAAAAUUACAACUUGUUAAAGAGGAAUACGUCUCUUCAGCCUUGGAAAGAACCGAGAAGACGCUGCAUGACACUGCCAGCAAGUUGCUUAACACAGUUAAAGAAACCACCAGGGCUGUAUCUGGCCUACAUUCUAAACUGGACCGCAAGAGAGCAAUUGAUGANCACAAUGCUGAAGCUCAGGAGAGCUUUGGCAAAAACCUCAACAGUCUGUUUAAUAAUAUGGAAGAAUUGAUUAAGGAUGGCAGUGAGAAACAAAAGGCCAUGCUAGACGUUCAUAAGACACUGUUUGGUAACCUGAUGUCUUCUAGUGUCUCUGCAUUAGACACNAUUACCACGACAGCACUUGAAUCUCUCAUGUCUAUUCCAGAAAAUGUGUCAGCUCGUGUUUCUCAGANUUCUGAUAUGAUAUUGGAAGAGCAAUCGUUAGCAGCACAAAGUAAAAGUGUUCUGCAAGGAUUGAUUGAUGAACUUGUGACCGACCUUUUCACUUCCCUGAAGACCAUCGUAGCCCCUGGUGUGGUUUCCAUCUUGAACAUAAAUAGGCAGCUACAGCAUAUUUUCAGGGCUUCAUCGACAGUGGCUGAAAAGGUAGAAGAUCAAAAAAGAGAAAUAGACAGUUUUCUCAGCAUAUUAUGUAACAAUUUACAUGAACUCCGAGAAAACACAGUUUCUUCCUUGGUUGAAUCACAAAAGCUUUGUGGAAACCUAACUGAAGACCUGAAGACAAUAAAGGAAACCCAUUCACAGGAACUUUGCCAGUUAAGCAGUAGUUGGGCAGAGAGGUUCUGUGCUUUGGAGAAGAAGUAUGAAAACAUCCAGAAACCACUGAACAGUAUUCAAGAAAAUACAGAACUAUUGUUUGUAAAUGGAUGUUGUAAAGCUUCAAGUUCGGAGAUCACUAAGAAAGUAAGAGAACAGAGCACAGCUGUUGAGAACCAGCACAGCUCCUUUGUUGCUCAGAUGACUUCUGAUGAAGAAAAAUGUAAAGCAGGAAGCCUGGAGCUUGAUAAAACUAUAAAGACUGGGUUAACAAAGCUGAAUUGCUUUCUGAAACAGGAUCUCAAACUAGAUAUCCCAACAGGUAUGACACCAGAGAGGAAAAAAUAUUUAUAUCCAACAACACUUGUGAGAACUGAACCACGAGAGCAGCUGCUUGAUCAGCUGCAAAAGAAACAGCCACUAAUGAUGCUAAACAGCUCAGAAACCAGCAAGGAGACCAGUCAGGACAUGGAUGAAGAGAGGGAGGCUCUGGAGCAGUGCACUGAGGAACCUGUAAGUCCAGAGACAACUGAACACACCAGUNCGGAUUGCUCUUCCAGCAGAGGGCUUCCUUUUUUCCAGCGUAAAAAGCCACAUGGAAAAGACAAAGAAAACAGAGGCCUUAACCCGGUGGAGAAGUAUAAAGUGGAAGAGGCCUCGGAUCUCUCCAUCUCCAAGAGUAGACUGCCCCUGCACACCUCCAUAAACCUCUAGCUGAUCUGAGGCUUAGGGUGUCAUCUUUAAAAUACAACCUGAAA